CCAAACCAAUUUCAAUAAAUGCUAAAUGGCUCCACACUCUGUUUUUUUGUUUAUGCCCGCAGGGCCCGGACCGGGGCGUUAUGCUCUUCCACCCACUAUCGGUUACAUAAACCAUGACUACACCAAACCCAGCAGCCCGGCCUAUUCCUUCCACAGCCGCAUGAGCAGCAACAUGGUGUCUGUGGAUUCCAGUCCAGGACCGCAGUAUCAUGUAGAUGCCAAAAUGACACGCUUUGGCAGAGACGGUACCCCAUCAUACUCCAUGCUGGGCAAAAAAAAGACAGGUGGGGCUGAUACAUUCCAGACUCCUGGACCUGGAGCCUACUGUCCUGAGAAAGCUCCACCUUUGAACCUUCACCACAGACCUCUGUCUUACACCAUGGCCUUCCGUACACGCUACCGCAGUGUGGAUCCUGUACCGGCACCCAACCGCUACACCUUACCCAACCUCUUCAGCUCUCACGUUCCCCACAAACCCUCCAGCGCCAGCUUCACCAUGUCAGCACGCAGGAAAGCAGGCGGCCCAUCGGAGGACCUGUCCAUGACCCCAGGGCCCGGCCAUUACAACAGCACAGAUCCGAGCAUUUACCUGAACAGACAGCCUUCUUUCUCCAUGCACAGCCGUUUUAAUAUUCCCACCGAUGACACUCGGAAACCUGGCCCAGGCACACACAGCCCAGAAAAGGUGACAGCAUACCUGCAUCGUGCACCAUCUUUCUCCAUGGGUGUUCGUCACUCAGAGUUUGUAACACCACUGAUUGUUGACGUAUUAGACUGAAGGGUUUCAUGCAGUGUUUUGUGGGCACCUACAAAAAAGGAUUUGUUAAGGGAAAAAUAAAGGUAUAGGAACAAUUUUCCUUACCUGACAUCUGGAACAUUUUUAACAUUCAUUAACCUCAGUUAUUUUUUUAAAGGGAUAUUUCACCCACAAAAUUAAAGGUUUGAUCUUUAAUUUUUGUUUGAAUUAUUUCUUUAAUUCUUUUCUGAAUGGG